GCAUUCGAUCAAACGGUAGCAAAGGACAACUCCCUGGCUGUUGGCUUCUUCCAGAGGGGCUUUGUGCAUCUGCAGCUGGAAAUGUAUGAAGAAGCUCUCUCUGACUACCAAAUGGCCUUCAGGCACCUGAGAAAAAAUCCCUUCAUCGAUUACAAGCAGCUGGGGCUGAGGUACAUCCUCUAUGCAUGGGAGGUGCUGUACAGCACUGCAGCAGUGCAGUGCCAGCUCCAGCAGUGGCAGGAGGCCAGAGUCACCCUGGAGAAGGCUGUUGUGUGGAGACCUGAAGGAAGAACAGCAAUCCUGGACCUGGCCCUGGAGCGGGUGCAGAACUGCCUGGUUUUAGAGCCCAUGCACGUUCCUCUUGGGGAAUUUUUCAGACCACGAAAGAAGGAAGUUGAACAGCUGGAUUCAAAAGAUUUCCUGGGUAAACCCAAGGUGAUCUCGUCCAUCAUUCCCAACGAUGAGUACAUUGGCUUCGAGCCCCUCAGGUUUCAGAAACAGGUCUAUGAACCCAGUGCUGAUGCUCUGCCAGACAGCGAGUCGGGCUACUGCCGCCUCCUGCCCCCUCGCUGCCCCGCGGGCGCGGAGGAGCUGCCGCUGAGAGCUGGCACUUUGGUCUUCGUGCUGGCCAGAGGAGAGGAUGGCUGGGCCACAGCCAUACACGAUGGACAGAAGCUGCGCAUCCCCAGCUCUCUCCUGGAGCCUGCCUCGAGGAUGGAUAAAGGGAAGAUCAGCAAUGGGAUUCCCCUCCCUCCUGCCCAGGUGCCUCCCAGCCGACUCCAGGUGAAGGAGAAGCCAGAAUCUCCUGGGGGAGAAAGUGCCUCUGCAAAUGAUGCUGGUGCCCAAACGGACUCAAAG